CUGGCAGAAGAGUUGUAAAAAGGCUGUAGUACCGUGUGCCAUGGCGUGACAUGAUUGUUUACAUGUUAAGUGCAAACCCACUUAGUUGGUCCAAAUGGAAUCUCAGUGGUAAUCUAUCCGACCCACAUCAUAUGGUAUACCACAAAAGUCUUGCCACCACGGUCAAUUUGCUGUCUGCAACUCUUUCAGAAUUAUUUUUCGGGGACGAAGUUGGGAUUUUGAUUUCACUUUCUUGCACCCAAUUGGAUUUUGAUCAGAACCCAGUCAAUCAUUUAGUCAGUGUACUACGAGGAAACUGUUUGUCUUGUUUAUGAUUUGAGGAACUAAGAUUGCUACCUUAACGGGGGUUUCAAGUCGGUAAUUUGACAUUGAAUGUCUGGCAAAUCAAGAUUUUUUUAGACCGUAACUGAACAGUGAAAGUUGCAGUUUGGAUUUAUACUUUCAACUAAUAAAUGCCGAGGGGGAGAUCUGAUGGAUUGCAACAAAAGCAUACAGUUGCUUUCCUCUUUUUUGUGGCAUUUUUUCUUGGUUUUCUGUAUGUGUAUGGCGGAUCCAUCUUUGGUUCUCAGAAUAGUGGGUCAUCUGCUCUUGAAUAUGGAAGAUCAUUGAAAAGACUUGGCUCAUCAUAUUUAGGUGCAGAGGAUGACAAUGAUGGCAAUCGAGAUGAAUCUUCGGCAAGCUUCAAGCAGGGAGAAGGGGAGGCAAAUAUUUUCUCAAAGAGUUUCCCUGUUUGUGAUGAUCGUCAUUCGGAGUUGAUUCCAUGCCUAGAUAGACACCUCAUCUAUCAAAUGAGGAUGAAGUUGGACCUGUCUGUAAUGGAGCACUAUGAGAGACAUUGUCCACCUGCAGAAAGGCGUUACAAUUGCUUAAUCCCUCCUCCAUCAGGAUACAAGGUCCCUAUUAAGUGGCCACAGAGCAGAGAUGAGGUGUGGAAAGCAAAUAUCCCACACACUCACCUGGCACAUGAGAAGUCUGACCAGAAUUGGAUGGUUGAAAAAGGUGACAAAAUAAUGUUCCCUGGAGGUGGAACUCAUUUUCACUAUGGAGCUGAUAAAUACAUUGCAUCAAUUGCAAAUAUGCUUAACUUUUCAAACAAUAAUCUAAACAAUGAAGGAAGAUUACGGACAGUGCUUGAUGUUGGCUGCGGUGUUGCAAGUUUUGGAGGAUAUCUUCUAUCAUCCGAUAUCAUUGCAAUGUCCUUGGCACCAAAUGAUGUGCAUCAGAAUCAAAUUCAAUUUGCCCUAGAAAGAGGAAUUCCUGCAUAUCUUGGUAUCCUUGGAACAAAAAGACUCCCUUACCCCAGCCGAUCUUUUGAGCUUGUUCAUUGUUCUCGCUGUCGAAUUGAUUGGCUUCAAAGAGAUGGAAUACUACUUCUUGAACUAGACCGAUUGCUCCGACCAGGAGGUUAUUUUGCAUACUCAUCUCCCGAGGCAUAUGCCCAGGAUGAAGAGAAUCUCAAGAUAUGGAAAGAAAUGAGUGAGCUUGUGGAGCGUAUGUGUUGGAAAAUAGCAGCAAAGAGGAACCAAACUGUUGUCUGGCAAAAACAUGGGACUAACGACUGCUAUAUGGAAAGAGGACCUGAUGCUCACCCUCCUCUUUGCCAGUCUGAUGAUGACCCAGAUGCAGUUUGGGGAGUAAAUAUGGAAGCAUGCAUAACACGUUACAGUGAGCAUGACAACAGAGCCGAGGGUAGUGGUUUAGCCGCAUGGCCUGCCAGAUUGACUACACCUCCUCCUAGACUAUCUGACUUUGGCUAUUCAAAUGAAAUGUUUGAAAAGGAUACGGAACUAUGGCAAAGGAGAGUUGCGAAGUACUGGGAUCUUUUGAGUCCAAAAAUUGCAUCAAACACGUUGAGGAAUAUUAUGGAUAUGAAAGCAUACAUGGGUUCAUUUGCGGCAGCUCUUAUAGACAAGAAUGUUUGGGUUAUGAAUGUUGUGCCCCAUGAUGGAGUCAAUACACUUAAGCUCAUAUAUGACAGAGGUCUCAUAGGAUCUACUCAUGACUGGUGUGAAGCAUUCUCAACAUACCCCAGAACCUAUGAUUUACUUCAUGCAUGGAGUAUCUUCUCUGACGUAGAAAAGAGAGGUUGCAGUCUUGAGGAUCUAUUAAUUGAGAUGGAUCGUGUGCUUCGGCCCACUGGUUUCGUGAUCAUCCGGGAUAAACAGGCAGUGAUUGAUUUUGUAAAGAAGUACCUAAGUGCUUUGCACUGGGAAGCAAUUGACUCUGUUCAGGAUGGUGAUGAAGUUGUUUUUAUAAUCCAGAAGAAACUGUGGCUGACUAGUGAGAGCUUUAGGGACACAGAAUAGGACAACCAUUGCAUUUUCAUCUUCUUACAUAUUAUUAUCUGCUGCUGCUGCAAGGGAUCAAACCACGACCCAAGUAGUGAAGUGGAUCAGUAAACAACUUCAUUCUGUAGCAUUACAUGUUGUUUUCCUUUCAUUUAAUUUCCUUCUUUUGAUUCUAAUUUUUGGGCUGAUGAUUAUUCAAUGUGAUUAAGACAUACAUAGGCACGAAGCUUUUAUAGGCAAUUCCAAAUUUUGCCUGCAUUUGGGGUUUAUGUAAGGGUAAGCUAUAUAACAAUGACGACAUAGAAGUCACUUAAUAAGUUAUAUGAUGUAAUAUAUACACAUUUCUUUUCUGCUCGGGAUUUCUUUUUCUUGUUGGACUUUAAUUUAUGAAGAUGAGAUUUUAAUC